AUGUCCGCCCAGGAGCAGGGCAAUGGCAAUUUGGAUAUAGCAAGGCAUCUGCGGUACUUUACAAGAUGCAUGCGAACCCUGCUGCCCCAACAGUACACGAGCAAUGACAGCACCCGCAUGGCCCUCGGCUUCUUCAUCAUAUCCGGCAUCGAUCUACUGACCCAAAGAUCCUCCUCUGCCGAUUCCGCACAGAAAAAGAGCACUUCCCACAUUUCCGCUACAGACCGAUUGAACUUUCGCGAAUGGGUGUUGUCGUGUCAGCACCCCGCCGGCGGCUUUGCUGGCUCGACCACGCACACGCUACCUCCGCACCAGUAUGACGGCUGGGACUUUGGAUCCCGGCGCACGAAGCCCGGAAACUCUAGCUGCUCCAACAUAGCAGCUACCGCCUUCGCGCUUCUCCUUCUUGCCAUCCUGGCCGACGACGCCUCGGGAGAAACAGUCUUCUACGGCGUCGACCGCGUCGCCACACUCCGCUGGCUGAAGAAGCUGCAGCGCCCCGACGGCAGUUUUGGGGAAGUGCUUGUCGAGAUUCCAGACGUCGACUCACACGAUGGAAACGAUAAAGGACCCGGCUCGGUGAUCGAGAAUAUUGCAGGUGGACGAGACAUGCGAUACUGCUACCUGGCUGCCAUAAUACGCUGGAUACUGCGCGGUGAUGUGCAGCCCGAAGACCCCGGAUGGGUCGAGGAUAUCGAUGUCGAGGCUCUUGUGCGUCACAUCCGUGCGGGCCAGACCUUUGACGGCGGCGUAGCAGAGAGCUCCAUGCACGAGAGUCAUGCCGGAUACGCAUACUGCGCCGUCAGCGCACUUUCGCUCCUCGGCAGACCUGUCGAAGGCGACACAAAGGACCCGCAAACGGGGCCUCCCGAGUCCUCUAUAGACAUACCGUACAUUCUCCACUUCCUUGCAUCUCGACAGUUUGAAUACAAAGAUGCGCCCAACGACGAAGAUGAGGACGAGGAGAAUUUCAUCCAACCAGACUCGCUCUCCCGCUUGUCUCUCACUGACGAACACCCACCCUUUGUUGGUUUCAACGGACGAGUCAACAAAGUCGCUGACACAUGCUACUGUUGGUGGGUGUGCGGAACUGCAGACAUCCUCAGGCAAAUGCACGGCUCCAAGGGCGUUGACGUAUCCAUGGCCGAGGAGUCGGCGCGCCGAUUUUUGAUGGAGAAGACUCAACAUAUGAUUGGUGGUUUCAGUAAGCACCCAGGAGGCCCUCCAGACGUUUAUCAUGCCUACUUUGGACUCAGUGCCCUGGCCGUGCUCGGCGAGCCAGGUCUGAAGUCUUUUGAUGUUGGUCUUUGCGUCAGCAAGGACAGUAUUGCAAAAAUAGAGCUUGGCCGGCGGGGUCUUUUUAGGAGAAAGUAUACGGCUGCCGAUGCAUCCAAUCUACAAACCCACACAACCACGAACGGCGCGCCACAGCUGUCUAGAAGGGAUCUCCUAAGCAUGGGUGAAAACAUAGCCGGAUGCAGUGUGAGCGAUUUGAAACAAGGGCACACAUCGGAAGCACCGGCUCUGCUUGAGCAGAUAGUGCAACAGGCAGGAAAUAGUCUCAAGGUAUCUUGA